UCGACUGUCAGACACCACAGUAAGAGGUUCUGCUUUCAGGAAGUUGCAGCAGAAACAAUUAUGUGGCUAACGUUGUCUUUGUCUAAAUACUUAUUGUGAUGGAUUAACUCAAUUAUUUACUUUGUGGGCAAUGCAUGAACAUUCCCACAUUUUAAAAUAUGGCUAAUAUUGCAAGGACCGGAGACAUUAUCCAUUUAAACGUUGGAGGAAAAAGCUUAACGAUCUCUCUGACAGUAACGUUAGCUACUGACUUCACAGUGCGGCUGGAACGUGCAACUCUAGCUAGCUAAGGUUCAGCACCUCCAAACAGACAUUGGCAUGGGUCCCAGACUCCUUUUUCUCAAGUCUUUUAAGUGGGAGGAUCUCAACCUUGAAGGAUGAAACUGGAGCGAUCUUCAUAGAUCGGGACCCAUCUCUCUUUACUCCCAUACUGAACUUCCUGCGCACCAAAGAGUUGUUUCCCAGGUCCAUAAAUGUGCACCUGCUCAUGCAUGAAGCGGAGUUCUAUGGAAUCACGCCAUUGGUGCGUAAGCUGCAGCUUUGUGACGAGCUGGACCGAUCCUCCUGUGGAAACGUGCUCUUCAAUGGCUAUCUCCCACCUCCAGUGUACCCGGCGAAGCGGCGGAACCGUCAUAGUGUGGCGGGGUCUCAGUAUAUGGGUGGGCGUGCCUUGCCCAUGGAGAGCGCUCCAGUGAGACGCAGCAACACUAUGCCACCCAACCUGGGCAACGCGGGCAUACUGGGUAAAGCAACGGUGGAGGAGAGGAUAAGUGGUGCUCAGCUUGCAGACCCAGGCAUGGUCCGCAUCAUCUGUGGCCACCACAACUGGAUCGCUGUGGCUUAUGCCCAGUUUGUUGUUUGUUACCGAGUGAAGGAGUCUACGGGCUGGCAGCAGGUGUUCACCAGCCCCCGCCUGGACUGGGUGAUUGACGGGGUGGCGCUCAACGCCAAGGUGAUGGGCGGCUCCCUGGGAGACAACGACAAGAUGGUGGCCGUUGCCUCGGGCACAGAGAUCAUCCUCUGGACUAUCUGUCCCGACGGCAACGGCAACGAGAUAGGUGUGUUCAGUCUGAAUGUCCCCGUGGAGGCUCUCUUCUUCGUGGCGAACCAGCUGAUUGCCACCAGCCACACAGGGAAAGUGGGAGUAUGGAAUGCGGUGACCAAACAUUGGCAGAAUCAAGAUGUGGUUCCCAUUAAUAGCUAUGAUACUGCCGGUUCCUUCCUAAUUCUUGGCUGUAACAAUGGGUCCAUAUAUUAUAUAGAUGUUCAGAAGUUUCCAUUGAGAAUGAAGGACAAUGACCUCCUAGUGACAGAGUUGUACCGCGACCCCACGGAGGACGCCAUCACUGCUCUCAGUGUCUACCUCACGCCCAAAACAAUCCCCAAUGUGUCGUCAGGCGACAGCGGCAACUGGAUCGAGAUCGCCUAUGGGACCAGCUCGGGCACGGUGCGGGUCAUAGUGCAGCACCCGGAGACCGUGGGCUCUGGGCCCCAGCUCUUCCAGACCUUCUCAGUCCACCGCAGCCCCGUCACCAAGAUCAUGCUCUCUGAGAAACACCUCAUAUCAGUGUGUGCAGACAACAACCACGUGCGGACCUGGACGGUGACUCGCUUCAGGGGCAUGAUCUCCACCCAGCCAGGCUCCACCCCCCUCACCUCCUUCAAGAUCCUCUCCCUGGAGGAAAUCGACGGCCACGGGGGCUGUGCUGCCGGCACUGAGAUAGGUCCGUAUGGCGAGCGAGACGACCAGCAGGUGUUUAUCCAGAGGGUCGUCCCCGACACAGACAGACUCUACGUGCGCCUCUCGUCCAACGGGAAGAGGGUGUGCGAGGUGCGCUCUGUGGACGGCACCUCCAUCACCUCCUUCAUGGUGCACGAGUGCGAGGGGUCCAGUCGCAUCGGCUCACGUCCCCGCCGCUACCUCUUCAGUGGCCACGCCAACGGUAGCAUCCAGAUGUGGGACCUGACCACCGCCAUGGAGAUCGCAGGGAAAGUGGACAUCAGGGCGCUGGGCGGCCCCACAGAGGAGGAGCUCCUGGAGCUGUUGGACCAGUGUGACCUGGCUCUGACCCGUACGCCCGACAUGAGUCCUGCUGCCUCCUUCACCCACUCCUCCACCCCCCGAGCCUCCACCUCCAGUUUGCAGUCCCAGCUGAGUGAGAGCUCCAGGGAGCGUGGGACCAGAGGAGGUGUGAGCAACUCGGGACCCUUCUCUGGUAGCCUGCCCCGUCAGGCUCCUCCGGUGCCCCUCACCAAACCCCGGGAUAUGAAUCUCUCCAUGGUGGGGUUGGGCCUCCAGCCCCACCAUUCGGGUCUGAGCCAGGCUUCUCUCGGCAGCAGUGGCAGCCCCCGGCCCAGCCGCACCGCCCUCCAGGACAGAGACCGGGAUGGUGGCAUGGGGUCUCUGCGCAGGGGCAGCUUCGUGGAACGUUGUCAGGAGCUUGCCAAGGUCUCGGACUCUGCAGGAGGGGCUGAGGUGGGCACGCGGCGCAGCCUGGCCGCAUGCUCAGAGUUGGAGGCUAGACUGGGCCUACGGACCCCCGCCUCUUUCUCCAUCCCCCCUGCAGCCUCUCCCGCCUCGUCUUUAUCUUCAUCACUGCGUCGGCCACAGCCCACCUCACCCAGCCCUGCCCCUGCUACAAUCGUUAGUCCAACCCGCUCCCAGACCCCCGUGUCACCUCGUCGAGCUGACACCUCCCCUACUACAGAAGCCCCGCCCCCUGAGGCUGCAGCAGCCACCCCAGAGAGCUCCUCCCCUGUGCCCCCCACCAGUCCUAAACCCCCUAUGAAUGAGACCAGCUUCUGACUGGCUCUGUGAUGUAUGAGUGAGUGGACUAACAAAGGAUGCGUUUUGUGUUCCUGAGCAUGUGCGCUUUAGUGACGACACACAUUGUAAUAUAUAUGGACUUUUCCUUGUUUAGCAUCAAGGAUCCAUA